AUGGACCCGUCCCACCUUGAUGACAUUAUAGACAAACUCAUGCAAGUCAUGGACACUUUCCCCCCACAAUGUAUCGUGCCAAAGAAUGAAGUGGAGCAGCUCUGUGCUCAGUUUAAAGAGGUGAUAAUGGAGGACAAAACACUAAUGGAACUUAAGGCCCCAAUAAACGUGAUUGGUGACCUCCAUGGGCAGUACACUGAUUUGGUCAGGUUUUUAAAGGCAACAAAUUACAAAACGGAGAGCUUUUUGUUUCUUGGCGAUUUUGUUGACAGAGGUUUUCACAGCUUGGAAGUCCUUUGUUUGGUCUAUGCUCUAAAGCUAAGAUAUCCAAAACAAUACUUUUUAAUACGAGGGAACCACGAAUCGGUGGAGAUCAACCGAGUGUUUGGAUUCUAUGAUGAAUGUGUGAGAGUAUACGACGAGAGUAUUUGGAAAUUGUUCAAUGAAACGUUUGCAUAUCUACCGAUACUUGCAAUCAUUGAGAAACGCAUAUUUUGUGUGCAUGGUGGGAUCUCCCCCGACUUACGACUGCCUGACGUUGAGAAGAUCAUUCGACCAUUACAAAUACCGUGCGGAGGGACGGUGUGCGACUUGUUAUGGGCAGAUCCUGGAGCGAUGUCCGGGUGGAAACCAAACACUGUGAGAGGGAUGUCAGUCUUUUUUGGCGAAGAUGUAUGUGAAGACUUUAUGAGGAAAAAUAACUUGGAGUUGAUAUGUCGUGGGCACGAAGCAGUCGAUGGAUAUCAAUUCAAAUUUAAUAAGAAGUUGGUGACGCUCUUUAGCUCGCCGGUUUACUGUAAUUCCAUGGACAACUCGGGUGCCAUGAUGAGAGUCUCCAGUGAUCUUAAGUGCUCUUUUGUCAUACUCAAAGUCGACAAAUGA